AAUAUUAUUCAUUAAAAGAUAUUCUAUAACAAAAAAAGAUCAGAAAAAGAUAUUUAAAUUUGAUCAAUCGCAGACACUGUUUUAUUCACUUCGAUUCUGUGUGGAAACGUGUACACCAAAGUUGACAGUUUGUUUUGACAGCUGUUACAGUUAUUUGUUGAAAAUGCUUAUAUAGAUGAAUGAAAUCUUAACUAAAUUAAAUUCAAGAUGACUGAUCACGAUUUUUUACAUGUUUUGAAGCUGAUAAUAGUGUGUGUUAUGUGGUACAUUUCCAGUGCAGGGGGAAAUGUAAUUGGUAAAUUGGUGUUGAAUGAAUUUCCUUAUCCAAUGACUAUGUCAAUGGUACAACUAUUGUCAGCAGCUCUUUACUUGGGACCAAUCUUGUCCUUACUUGGUGUACCAAAGACUGGAGAAAUAAGCCGACGAUACUUCUUAACCAUGAUCAUCCCACUUGCAUUUGGAAAAUUUGUGUCAUCAGUGUCUUCACAUAUUAGUAUUUGGAAAGUUUCGGUCUCUUAUGCUCACACAGUGAAAGCUACACUGCCUUUAUUUACAGUCAUUCUGAUGAGACUUUGCUUUAAAGAAAAACAAACAUUUCCUGUUUAUUUGUCACUGGUUCCCAUUAUCGGAGGUGUUUGUAUUGCCACAGUGACAGAAAUCGCUUUUGAUGUUGUUGGUUUAUGUAGUGCUCUUUUUGCUACACUUGGUUUUUCUCUUCAAACUAUAUUUUCAAAAAAAACUUUAAAAGACACAGGGUUACACCAUAUGAAUUUAUUGUUGAUAUUAAGUAGAUAUUCCACCGUAUGUUUUCUACCAUUUUGGUUGAUGUUUGAUGUGACCAGGAUUGUUCAAGACAGAGCAGUGUUGGAACACGAUAAUAAGUUAUUUGCUGUUGGUCUCAUUUUACUGGAUGGUGUGUUCAACAUGCUUCAAAAUCUUUUUGCUUUCACUGUGCUGGCCAUGGUGAAUCCGCUCAGCUACGCAGUGGCCAACGCUACAAAAAGAGUCGUUAUAAUCGGUGCUUCCCUCGCAUUACUACACAAUCCUGUUACUGCAAUGAAUGUGGUUGGAAUGUUGAUAGCAGUGUUUGGUGUUUUACUAUAUAACUGGGCUAAAUAUUACCAGAGGCUAGCUGCGGAAAGGGAACGUGUUUUACCAUACAUACACAGUGAUAGUGACUUGACAAACUUUGUACAUAAACACGAGACAUUAGUCCAUUCCGUUACAGAAAUGAAUCUCCAAAAAAAUGGUUUUGUGCAUGAUAAUUUUCUCUUUGAAAAUGUGAACAACAAUUACCACACCCCUAAAAGGAACCAAGUGAACAAACUUGAGAAAGGACCUAAUAGUGAUGCUCCAGAUUAA